CUGAAUACCAUUGUAAUGCCACGUUUGGGAAUGGAUGCCACACAGGAGGAGGUUCUUUACGAUGCUCGGUGGACAAAAGAUGUGGACAACCUCUUCAUAGACCUCCUCACCGAGACACAUGUUGGUGGUGAAUGGACACAAGGUAGGCCAGGCACUCAUGUCUUCCUUUACUGCCGUGGUGUUUUGGUUGCAGAUGUUGGUGCAACCUUUACUGUGAAUGAACUACAGGAACGGUUCGAUUUCCUUCACAAACGGUUCCGCGUUUUUAGUUGGAUGUUACGAAAACAUGGGCUGCGCCACUGUAUCCAGUCGAACGUCCUCACGGCUCCGGUAGCAGUGUGGAAUGAUAUCUUCGAGUCAGACCCAUUCUCGGUGGCAUACCAACAUUCGGGGGACCCGCGUUGGGCGGACAUACGAUACUUGUUCACAGAGGUCUAUGAAGCCACCUCCAAUUCACCAAAUGUGGUGGACCAAAAUUCCAUCAACGAAAAUCAUUUAGCGAGGUUGACCGAACAGUCCUACGUCUUCUCGCUUUCUUCUCUCACCAAUGCACCAUUGCAUGGUUCAAUCGGAAACGAAGGUAUUCAGCCAAGAAAUGGUCGAGACCGUGACGCUUCAUCGGAAGGUUCAGUCAAUACACAUACACAUGUGAGGAUUCCCAGGCGGGGUGGUGGGACACCAUUGCGCAUUCCACGACCACCACGGAAGCCGGCACCAUCGUCAUGCAAAGGGUCUUCUAGUGACCCACCAAACUGA